AGACGAGAAACGAGCAACUGAGCUGAAGUUCUCACGUUGUGGGCAGGGUGAUUUUUUUGGGGGGUUGUGUGUUUCAUAUGCAAAUACAGCAACGGGGAGAGACAGUCUUACCUGUCAGUCCCCGUUUGUGUCUGGAGCUAUCAAGUGUAAGUAGAGCAAAGGGACACAACAACUGGCCUCUUCCAGUGCUUACUCAGGAGCUUUGAAUCCUCUUGAGUCGAAGGGCUGAGGAAGAUAUACUUGAAGGUGCACUUGCUAAUCCUCGUUGAUAUUGCCAGAUACUAUGCCCAUAACUCACUAUCCUGCAAGAGUUGUCCUCAUCCAGCUCCUUAUCCUCCUUGUGGAUCGAGUGUUCACCAGAAAUGUCAACUUUCAUAACGUGAGGCCACCAAUGUCCCCGACUCCAUUUCCAAACAGCUUCAAGUGCUUCACUUGCAACAAUGCUUUGAACAAUUAUGAGUGUAACAGAUGGGCUGAAGACAAAUGGUGCCCACAGCAUACAGAGUAUUGCCUGACAGUACACAGAUUUACAAGCCAUGGCAGGAGUGAAUCAGUCUCAAAGAGAUGUGUUUCAAAGGUGGAAUGUUAUUCAGUUGGCUGCCGUCACAUAAGGAAGUUCGGUUAUACAGAGUGUACUUCCUGUUGUGAAGGGAUGAUCUGCAACAUCGAUGUGCCAACAAAUCACACAAAUGCUGUGCUUAUGGUUAAACGGCUCCACAGGUUACCUUCAUCUGCCAGCAAUAGGGUGUUGAACAUAAGCUGGAUCACACUGGCACUGCUAGUUGUCCUUUUGAUAUGAUAAACAGCAAGCAACAUCGAGUGAAGUUUUUUUAUGCGCAUCAGCUAUUUUGAUUGAUUCCAUCUUUGAGCUUUGGAAACAUAAGUCUCACCUUCAAAAUAGUCCCAGAUAUUUGCACUGAUGAAUAAAAGGUGCAUGCUGUUAACUUGUACACUGGCAUUACAAAGACUGGAUUGUGAGUUGAUCUGAUGUCAAAACUUGCUGUUGGAAUAGACCUUAGAUCAAAGGAUCUAACGAGGAAGGUUGUGAGAUAUUUAACGAAAGGAUAAAUACAGAUUUCCAUUUUUUAAAUUUUGUAAUUUUUUUUGUCCCAUAUCGUCUUCAUCUCCUGGAAGUAUUUAUCAAUUUGCAAGGGUAUCAUCAUGGACACCAUAUGCCUUCAGUCCUCCUUGUCAAGGGGGUCAUAAUUCAAGUGCAAACCUUGCUAGUACAUAUUUGCAAGCUAUUCUGUAGUAGACUAUUAACAGUCCUUCUUACCUGAUGUUCACACACAUCCAGUGGAGUCAAUGAACAGUAAUCUGGAACAGAAAUUGUUACCAUUGUUUUUUUUUCCAUUCUUAACUCUGGUGUGCUGAGUCCAAAAAACCUCAGGAAAACAUAAUAUUAAACUUGAAAUCAUUCUAUUCUUGUUGAAUUUGUUGAUUGCUGGAUAAAAUCAGAGGAGUAGAAAUACAAGUUUUUCAUAGUACAUUUUCUGGCAUUUAGUACAAAUUUCUCAAAACUGAUCACAGUAUGUUCCCCCAGCCCCAAUGUCCAUGACCAACUGCUAUUUGUGAUUUUAAACUAAUUCCAUGAUGAUAAUUUGGCAGAUGGCAGUUUUGGAAAGUAAACUUGUACACAGGUAAAAUUUAUUUCACAAUCAGACUGAAAAAAUGCAGAAGCUAUAAGCCAUAAAAAACAUUAAACAAUAGCAUUGUAACUGUUUAACUAUGACUGAUUUGCUGGGUAAUAUGCAAUGAUUGAAGGUAGACUUAAAAAUAUUUGUAAACAAUAUGAGAGCACUGGAUCGUGAUGUCCUGUUCCUUUAUGAUCAGAAGAUUAAAUUGCAAUCAUGGAUAUUUAUGCUUUGAAGUUAUACCCUAUAUCUGAGGAUAGAUGUCCCCCAUUUUAAACAAUGAACAAAAGAAAAACACAGUUGAAAGCGCACAAUAAAUUACUUUUGGACUGGAGUGGCAACUAUUAUUUUGUCAAACAUUGCAGCCGUUUUGUACUAGCACAUCAUGCACAAUACGCAAGUGACUUUAACUUGUGAAAAAACCUUCUCCCAGUUUAAUGUAAUAAAAGCAAGUUGCUGGCGAUCUGAAAUAAAAACAGAAAUUGCUGGAGAAACUCAGCAGAUCUGGCAGCAUCUGUGGAAAAGAAACUGUGUUACUGUUUCGAAUCCAAUGACUUCUUUCAGAACCGAAAAAAGAUUCAUUCACUUGAAACGUUAACUCUUUUUUUUCUUGACCAGGUCACAGUUCUUCUCUUUUAUUUAACAGGUACCAUGAGAUCAUUGACAUCUGCCAGAUCAGAUAUUUGACAGCAUUUCUAUGUGUGUAUUCCCUUUCUCAGAAGUAUCAAUCUAAAUUAUGUUCUGAAUUACUGGUGUGGAUUGUGAUGCCACUGACUACUGGCCCAGAUCUAAGAGUGUUACUAACUGAACCAAGCUUGUGUACAAAUAAUAAUAUAUGGUAUGACAGAGAAGGCAUGCUAAAUCAUGAAGCAGUUGUCUUUGUGUCAUGAAGGCAGGAAUAAUGUUGAACAUGAUUCUUGUGACACAGGCAAUAAUUCUGAUGAACGGUCAUCCAUCUCCCAUGUUACAGUAUUUUUCUCUCCUACUGCUUUCUGACCUGCUGAACAUUUCGAGAAUGAUUUGUUUUCAUUUCAGAUUUGUGGUAUUGGAGGAAAUCAAUUGUAACUGAUUGUGGCGAUUUGGAUGAGCAAAAUAUUGGGAACAAUAGCUCUUCCUUGGACUUCGAACAUACACUCCUUGGAUUCCCAAUUUCUACAUGUGAAGAGGGGCUAUAAAAAGCAAUGUAUUAUUUACAAUGCAUUGGGUUGGAAGACUUUGUGGCCAUCCUAGUCUCAUUUUCUAGAUCGACGUUUUCCUUAUGCUGUGAAGGAAUUUACAUUAUUUAGGCCAUUGCUACACACGAGACACAGCUUCUGGAGUGUUGUAGAUGCGGACUUCUAUAGGGGUCUCCCUAAAACUGAUUGGGGAAUCUCAUGACUCUGUUGACACAUUCUUUUUUACACUUAUUGCAAAAAUAUAAUAAAAUCAUUAUUUUGUAAAACAUCAACAGGAAGGGAAGUAAUGAUAGCUUGUAAUUUUAAUCCUUGUUCAUCUCUUUUUGUACCUCCUCAUUCUCACUGUUUUCAGCUUCAUCCCACUGCAUUGCCAUGUCCCGUUGUUACCUAUCCCUGGUCAAACUCUGCAUGCAAGACUGCAAAACUCAAAACAGUGAUGAGCAGCUUCAAAAUCAGGUGAUAAUUCAAAAUGCAACAAAACACGAAUGAAAAGCCAGACUACUGCUUCAAGGCAAUACAAUCGAUUGUUAGAUCAUUAUAUUUUGGGAUUGUAUUCCAAUUUUCUUCUCAAUGAAAAGUGAAAUCCAAUAUAACCUCAUAAACAUUAUGAGAUAUGUAUGAACAUUAUACAUAAAAAGGGGUAAUUUUGCUUGGAUUACUUGCCUAGUUAAUGUAAGAACAGUCUGUACAUUUUUCCAGCCUGAAAAUAUUUGGCCAGGUGUGAAGGUGUUCUGCUCUUCACAAUAUUUACAAUGCCAUGAAGCCAAUCUGCAUUGGUCUGAAAUAAAAAUGACAGAUGCUGGAGAAACUCAGCCAAUCUAGCAGCAUCUGUGAAGAGAGAAACUGAGUUAGCAUUUUCGCGUCUAUAGUGACUUCUGACAUUAGAAAGAUGGCAGUGAAGAUUAACCUGAAUAGUGUUAGGGUUUCAAUGUGUAAGAACUCAUAUUUGAUCAGGCGUGAUUAGCCUGUGUCGGUCGAAUAUCAUGGAAACUCAAAACAUAACCCUAUUUCUCUUUCCACAGAAGCUGCCACACUUGCUGAAUUUCUCCACUAUUUUGUUUUUGAUUUAAGAUUUUCAGCAACUGUUACAUUUUGCUUUUAUUAUUGUACUGCUCUAAUGUUGACCCUGAAUAUCAUGUCAAACUGCAGUGGACUGCUGACUUUCAGUAUACAAUAGCAGUCUGCUCCAUCGGUGAGGCAGGAGGUGCUGCAUGUGAGGCUCCUUAGGUCAUGUUGACUAUGUAAGACAAAGGACUGUCCUACAUAGUCAAUAUGCCCUAAGGAGCCCCACAUACAGCACUCUCACCCUUCAUGUAAAACUGCCAUUAGGUUUGUGGCCUUAAAGAGGCACACACCUGCACUUAUCACAUUGACACAGUAGAAUUCCCAUGUCGUAUAGAAUCAUAAAAUGCCUUAGUCACCAUGAGUAUUACAGUGGAAAUAUCUUGCUAGCAGGUGUGUGUAUAUCCAUUUUAUACAUGAACAUUUUGUUGAUUAUACUUGUCAGUUUGCAAAUUCAUGUGUGACACUUAAGAAAAACAAUUGUUUACAAUAUACGGAAAAUUCUCCAGAAUGACGAAAGUUUAUUCUGCCUCCUGUUCCAAUAUUUGCUCAUUUUAACAGAACUUAGCUAUCUGUCCUUGUUCUGAACAGCACCUGAAGUUUUGCAAGAAGCUUUCAAUCUGCCAUUUUCCCUAAAGAAAAUCCUCAACUUUAAUUGCCCUCAUCCUUGGUUUAUUUAAACUGGAGCCUUCUUAUUAGGAG